GCGUCAUCAAUUGCGACGGCGACAAAGAACAUAAACAGGAAGUGGGGGAAAACGAGCGGAUCUUGUGUUUUAUGAUUUUAAGUUUGUCUUUUUUACACCGGAUAAUCUUUCACGCGUACUAAAAAAAACUCAAGAUGGGGAAGCGACAGCACCAAAAGGAUAAAAUGUACAUCACAUGUGCGGAGUACACGCACUUUUAUGGAGGAAAGCGGCCAGACAUCCCACAGUCAAACUUCAGGCGUCUUCCAUUCGACCACUGCAGCUUGUCCCUCCAGCCGUUUGAGUAUCCCGUCUGUACUGAGGAGGGAGUCGUCUUUGACCUGCUGAGCAUUGUUCCAUGGAUUAAGAAGUAUGGUACUAAUCCGAUCUCUGGAGAGAAACUGGAGGCAAAGGCGCUCAUCAAACUUAACUUUGCCAAGAACAAUGAUGGAAAGUAUCACUGCCCUGUUCUGUACAACGUCUUCACAAAUAAUUCCCACAUUGUUGCCAACAAAGUCACCGGGAACGUGUUUUCCCAUGAGGCUGUCGAGCAGCUGAACAUCAAGACCAAAAGUUUUAAGGAUCUGUUGACUGAUGAACCCUUUGCCAGAAAGGAUAUCAUAACACUGCAGGACCCAACGAACCUGGAUAAAUUCAACGUUUCCAACUUUUUCCAUGUGAAAAAUAAUCUGAAAGUGCUCGAUCCUGAUGAGGAAAAAGCCAAACUGGACCCGGCAUACCACUUGAACAGCACCAACCUGGAGACCAGGGAAACCUUAGCUGAGCUUUACAAGGACUACAAGGGGGACCAGCUGCUGGCUUCCACCAUGAAGGAGCCAAAGGCCAAGAAGACGGACAAAUUAAACGCUGCCCAUUACUCCACAGGAAAGGUUUCUGCCUCCUUCACAUCCACAGCCAUGACUCCUUCAACAGUACACGAAGCAGAUGCCAUCGCGGACGACACCGUGCGCUACCAGUACGUGAAGAAGAAAGGCUACGUCCGCCUGCACACCAACAAGGGAGACCUGAACAUCGAGCUGCACUGUGACAAAGUUCCCAAAGCUGGAGAGAAUUUCAUCCGCCUGUGUAAAAAAGGCUACUACGACGGGACGGUCUUCCACAGGUCCAUCCGCAAUUUCAUGAUUCAAGGAGGAGACCCCACUGGAACUGGCACAGGAGGUGAAUCGUUCUGGGGGAAACCGUUCAAGGAUGAGUUUCGGCCCAACUUGUCUCACACCGGCCGGGGAGUUCUCAGCAUGGCCAACUCAGGCCCAAACACCAACAAGUCUCAGUUCUUCAUCACUUUCCGGUCGUGCACCUACCUGGACAGGAAGCACACAGUGUUUGGAAGAGUUGUUGGUGGAUUCGAGGCGCUCACGGCCAUGGAGAAUGUGGAGAGUGAUCCUAAAACAGACAAACCAAAGUCGGAGAUAAAGCUCAUCAGUGCGACCGUGUUCGUGGACCCGUACGAGGAGGCGGACGCUCAGAUCGCAGCCGAGCGAGAGAAAGAGGAGCAGAAGCAGGAGGAGGAGAGGCAGCAGGCCAGCGCCUCCCUGACGAAAGCCAAGGAGGACCAGGCGCCGAAGACCUUCAAGCAAGGCGUGGGGAAAUACAUCAAUCCCGCUACAGCAAAACGUCCAGCAGCUGAAGAUGAGAGUGGGCCGUCCACCAGCGGAGUAGCAGCCAAGAAGUCCAAGGGCAAGACCAGCUUUGGAGACUUCAGUUCCUGGUAGCAUCAGUGUACGAUCAGAAUUUACCAGCCUCUCAAAAUCUCAGAAUGUCUUUCCUUCAUACUUUUAUUUUUAUUUUUUUCCAUAACCUCUCAGUGGUGUUGGCAUCUUGUGAAAUAUAAAUUAAAGCUACUUUUUUUUUCUUA